AUGAAGAUCAUUAGUAAUAAAUUAAAAGCAAAAAAAUUAGUAGUUAAUAUAAGUGAUCAAGGUUAUUUGGACAUUAAAAAAAAGACGAAAAUGAAAGACAAACCUAAAAUAAUAAAUGGUAAACACCCAAAAGAUCUUGAUCCUGAAAUUGAUUGUGUUGAUGAAACUGCUGAAAGUACUGUGAAUAUUAAACUUAUGAAAUAUGAUGGAUUGAGUCAAAAGAAUGAUAGAUCAUGUCGAAAAGAUAAAUAA